AUGGAUAUAGGCGAAUAUGUGGUUCUAGGCGUUAUAAAGGCGAACAAAUGUUCCAAGUGUCACGUUAUUCACGCAACACCCUACAUGAAAAACCAAAGUCUGAAAAAUCGCUUAAUUCGUGAGAAAAAGUUUGAUUUCGAGAAGAGCAGUUUCUGUUCGGCGUGCGCAUUGCUGGGUCUUCAGUUUCUGCACCAACAUCAUGUUGUGCACGGAGAUCUCCAUUUAGGAAACAUUUACUUGGACGAUGCUGGGUAUGCCAUAUUGGCCGAUUUUGAUCAUUCCACAAUAUGCAAAUGCCAAGAUGAUCUUACCGAAAUUGCUGCCAUUGAUUUCAAAGGCCUGGCUGGCUGUCUGUACGAAAUGAUUUAUGGAGAGCCUAAGGCACUGUUACCUUACCAUCUCAAAUUGAAACUUGUGAUCUACGAAGACUUAAGUGGUGGCCGUUCAAAUUCAUGCUACAACCAAUUUGAAGAUGGUGGGAUAGACUUGAUUAAGAAGUUAAUGUCAACCUCAGACGUUGAAAAUGCUGUUGAAAACUUCAAAAACCACAACUUUUUCAAAAAAAUAGUUUGGAAUGAUUUAAUAGAGAAAAAACACGCCGUACCCAAAUGGAAAAAUUUGGAAAUCCGCUACUGCUCCCAUUAUGGAGUUGCUAUCAAUAUUACAAUUGAAUAUCAUUUUUUAUACGUAGGAGGAGGAAAAGUGCAAACAGUAAGUACCAAUAUUAACAAAUAUGCAGUCAUACACAUGGGAGCGAACAACAAGGCAAACGUAUACAAACUUGGAAACACACCAUUAAAAAAUGUAGAGGAGGAAAAGGAUCUAGGGGUGAUGAUUCAUCGGAACGGUAAGAUUUUGUACAAGGAAUCCGCGGAAAAGGUCUGGUUGGACCUGCAAUUGACUAAAACAGGUAGAAAAAGUAGUACAGAUUGCCAACAUUGA